GGUGCGACACUUCUCGCUGUCAGGUUCAUUGAGGUUGCAGAGGAGAUGUCUAAGAUCCAGACCAAACCCAUGGAUGGAAAACAUCUAGCCCUGAAGAACCCAAAUAAAGGGAGGUAUGGCCCAAGCCAUGGACCCAGCUAUGCUACACCAUUGGAGGCCAUGAGAGCCCCCAAAGAAAAGCUGAUGUAUGUAGUGUGCGUUUUAACCGAAACCGAUACCCGGCAACCUGACUAUUUGGCCACGGUGGACGUGGAUCCAGAAUCGCCACAUUAUUGCGAGGUCAUCCACCGUCUGCACAUGCCUUACCUGGAUGACGAACUCCAUCACUCAGGCUGGAACGCCCCCGUCAGCACUUUUGGGGACUUUGGCAUUGAGCGCAAUUGUCUCGUCCUCCCGGGCCUGAUCUCUGGCCGUGUUCAUGUGGUGGACACGGGCUCCGACCUGAGCGCUCCCCGCUUGUGCAAAGUCAUCGAACCCAAGGAGAUCAUCAGGAAAACCAACUUGGGUUACUUGAGCAGCUCGCAUUGCUUAUGCAAUGGGGAGGUUCUGAUCAGCGCCCUUGGAGAUGCAUUGGGCAAUGGAAAAGGUGGAAUUCUUUCUCUGGACUCGGAAACCUGGGAAGUGAAAGGGAACUGGGAGUGUACGGAAGAUGGCUACGCCAGGAUGUUUGACUUCUGGUACCAGCCACGGCACAAUGUCCUGGUCACCUCCGAUUUGGGAGAUCCCAAGUUCUUUGUCAAUGGGUUCAACCUGGACAAUCUGAGAAAAGAGCACUAUGGACGUCACCUCAACAUCUGGGACUUGAGCACCCACCGCCUCCUCCAGACGAUCGACGUGGGUGAAGAUUCGGCCCCGCUGGAGAUCCGUUUCUUGCACAACCCCAACUCGACCCAUGGUUACGUGGCCUGCCCUCUAGAGAGCUCCAUCCACCAUUUCUUCAAGACAGAGGAUGGAUGUUGGGCGGCUGAGAAAGUCAUCCAAGUCCCAAACAAGAGAGUAUCAGGAUGGUGUUACCCCGAAAUGCCAGGAUUUCUAUUCGCUAUUGUCAUCUCCAUGGAUGACCACUUCCUCUACUGUAGCAACUGGUUGCAUGGUGAUGUCCGUCAAUACGAUAUCACAGACCCACACUGUCCCAAACUGGUUGGACAGGUGUUUCUUGGGGGCUCCAUUGUGAAAGCGGGUCCUGUAACUGUCCUUGAGGAUCCAGAGCUGGACUGCCAACCYGAUCCCUUUGUGCUCCAGGGCAAGAAGGUCCAAGGAGGCCCUCAAAAGCUUCAGCUGAGUUUGGACGGCCGCCGUCUCUACGUCACCAACUCUCUUUUCACGCCUUGGGACAAGCAGUUUUAUCCCAAGUUGGUCAAGGAAGGCUCAGCAAUGAUCCGGGUGGACGUGGACACCGAGAAGGGCGGCCUUCGUGUGAACCCAGAAUUCCUGGUGGAUUUCGGGCAUGAACCGUGUGGUCCAGCUCGGGCGAAAGAGAUGCGCUAUCCCGGUGGGGAUUGCACCUCCGACAUCUGGGAGUAGCGCGCAUCCAUUCCAAGACGUCUUCAUAUCAGCAGGAGAAUCGAUUACGAAUUGGGAUUCAUCCAAUACUUUUUUUGUCCAAUGCUUGGUGUUGUGAAUCCUUGUUGAAAAUGUCAACAUGAGACAUACAAGUCUUGUAGUAGCGUAUAUCCACAUUUUUUCUCUGGGUGUCUUUGGAACUGCAUCCUGCCUACUUCCUUCCUUCUCCAGCUCGGAAAGAGCCAACUCACAAUGUCUUAAUGGCAACCUCCUUUUUCCCUCUUCAUUUUCCGCUCCCUUCUUCCUCCUUUCCUUCUCUUCUUUUUCUCUUUUUUACCUUCUUAUCAACAGCUUGGUGU